AAAGAAAAUUAGAGAGACCAGAAUCCAGAAAAGAAAUGCUGACCGUUUCUACUCGGAGUGGCGCUGUAUGUUCUUCUUCUUGUUCAUGUCUUCCCCUCCGGCCUUCUCCUUCACUGCCUCCUUCUCCUCAGAACAUCAACAUUCUGUUCAAACCUUUUUCCCGGCGGAGCCUCCUCGCUGCUCUCACCGUCUCCGGUGCCCCUUUCGUCGUCUCUAACGACCCCAACCUGCCCGCUCAUGCUCGCGGCCUCUUUCAGAUGCCUGCUGUUCGACUCACCAAUCGGUACUUUCUGGUGAGGGCAGGAGAGUCUGAGUUCGAGAGCUUGGGGAUAAUCAACACAAACCCAGUCACAAAGACGUCAGUGGACAGCGGGUUGUCGGAGAAAGGGAAGAAGCAGACUGUCAGAGCAGCCUUCGGCUUGAAGGAAAUGGGAGCUUGUGAAAGCAACUGUUGGAUUUGGCCUUCUAUUACUCAGCGAGCUUACCAGGCAGCCGAGAUCAUCGCUUCAGUCAAUGGUGUCAGUCGAAGCUAUAUAGUUCCAGAAUACAGCUUCUUAGAUGCGCGAGGCUUGGGAGCUUAUGAAGGAAGGAAGUUAGAAUAUGUUUCUGAGGUGUAUGAGUCCGAUAGCAUCUCGCCGAGCAUCAGGCCUCCCCCGAUAGAUGAUGGGACCCCCAACGAGAGCAUUUCGGACGUCUUUGUCAGGGUAACUCAGCUCAUGUCGAUUCUUGAGACCCAGUACUCCAAGGACACAGUGAUCAUAGUCUCCCCAGACUCCGACAACUUGUCGGUUCUACAAGCUGGUUUGAUCGGCCUCGACCUUCGAAGGCAUAGAGAGCUCGCAUUUGCUCCAGGGGAGGUGAGAUUUGUCGAUGCAAAUAGCAUACCGACUUACAAGCAACCACCAUCUGCUGUCUUUAAGUGUUUGAACCCUCCUAACUGCAACUAGUCUCUCCUCUGUCUCUGUCCUGGUUAAGUAUCCAUACAAUAAUGGUUCAUCGCCUUCCUUCAACAAAGCUUUGUAUGAAUCAUGACAAGCAAUCUCGCAUUCAUUAUCGAGCUGCUAGACUAUCUUGAUAUGGACAGUUGUUCCUCGAUCUUUAUUUGGAGAUGUAACUUAAGAAAACAUGUGGUAGCUGGAGCAACAGCAGCUGGUUGUAGUAGCAGUGGAGGCAGCAUCAAUAUCGGGCUGCAAUGUCCUCUA